ACAUGCAAUUAAAAACGAGACCGGUUCUCACACAAAGCACAUCUUCGGAGCGUACUCACUGGAAGCUUAGUUCGAAAGAAACUUGCACACGGAUUAGUUGAAUUCUCUUGAUCUAUAGAUGUCUCGCGCUGUGUUGUGAUUAUUACUCUUAUCAACGUUGUAGCAACGUUAGUAAAAUGAUGACCCUGAACACAGCUCCAAUUUUGCUGCUUUUUCUGGCGUUCUACGUUGGCAAUACGACCCAACUGGACCUCCCGAAAGACUGCGGUCAACGGAAAUCCGACACAGUGAACUUGAUCGUCGAUGGAAAACCCGCUAUCAUUCAAAACUGGCCCUGGCAUACGGCGAUUCAUCAUCGAGAAGGAACGGGAACGCCGGUAUAUAAGUGCGGUGGCAGCAUACUGGACAAAAACACCAUUCUGACCGCUGGGCACUGUGUUCGGCUGUCGAGUGGAAUCAUUCCGCCGGAUAACCUGAUCGUGCAGGUCGGUCGUCAGCGGUUGCUUGUGGCAGAUGAUCGCGCCCAGGAACAUGCGGUGGACCACAUUAUGGUACACAAAAAAUUUCGCAUUGGAGCCCUUCAGCACGAUAUUGCUUUGAUCAAGCUGGCGACGGAUAUAAAGUUCACGCCGUAUAUUCAACCAGUGUGUAUGUGGAAUAGGGGCGAAGAUCGUUUGUUGAUUCGUAACAAGGAUGGUACAGUUGUGGGAUUCGGUGCAACCAGGACUGCCGGCUAUUCGGAGACGCUGAAUAAAGCGGAGCUCAAAGUGGUUGACAAUCAGGUGUGUAUCGACAGCAACCGAGGUGUAUUUGGAUUGGCUUUGACCGGGGAUAUGUUCUGCGCUGGCAGUAAGGACGGUGUCAAUGCUUGUAACGGUGACAGCGGCGGUGGUAUGUUUUUCGAGAUCGAUGGCCGUUGGUACGUUCGAGGUAUUGUGGCAUUCUCACCAUCGCUGGCUAGCGACCAAAGUCGUUGCGAUCCGUAUCAAUACGUGGUUUAUAUGGAUGUGGCCCGAUAUAUCAGUUGGAUAGCUGAUCAGCUGAAUGGAUCAUUCGUGGAAGCACCGGAAUUGACGCAUCCAAAGCAGAAUCUUUUGAGUCGGGAAUGCGGCGAAAAUCCGUACCCAUUGACGCAGGAAUCGGAAAAAUCUGUUUUGAUGUCGUAUCCAUGGGUGGGACUGAUCGAAUACAGUCAAGAGGGAGUUCGUGAGAAGAAAACUCUUUGCCACGCGAUGCUCAUUAGUGAACGUUAUCUGAUUACAGCGGCCGAAUGUGUUUACAACACAGGCAAACUGCGUCCGACAUCGAUUCGACUGGGCGAAUACGACACCUCUACUAGUCAGGAUUGCGGCGUCGUGGACGGUUCCAACGCCUGCUCCCCUCCAACUCAAACCAUAGGCAUUGAAACAAUCACCGUCCACCAGCAGUACAACAAGCCUCGCUUUGCGAACAACAUCGCACUGAUUCGCCUGUACUCGUUGGCGGACACCAACCGAGAAAACAUCAAACCCAUCUGCCUACCGCUGACCAAAGCUCUCCGCAGCUUCAAACCGUCGUCCUACAUUCGCUCCGGCUGGAAGAAUCAUCGGGAUCAACCGCGGAUGCAGCGUGCCGAAGUGAAGGUCGUCGAUUCGGUCGAGUGCCAGCGCCAAUACAGCAAAGAGAGAAUCCCCCUGGAGAAGACCUUCCGCCAGAUUUGCAUCGAACGGGACGCGCCGGCUGAACCGGGAAGCACCGGCUGUGUGUACGACACGGCGUCCGCACCGCUGCAAGCCAUCCAACCGGUGGACGGGAACGAUCGGUACGUCCUGCAUGGUUUGCUCGCUUUCGGACCGAACAAGUGCCACCUGGACUACCCGAACGUGUACACCAACGUGGGAACGUACGUGACAUGGAUUUUGGAUCAUAUGCAAAGAUAGUUCAACUGGGACGUUUUCAAUCAUAUCUUUUUAUUUAUUGUAGACCUACGUCUUUUCUUAUUAAUACAGUGUCAUACAUAGUCACAGAGAUUUUACACAUUGUCGAUAGAAAAAACUUAUUAUAAUACUGAUUAGAAAUAAAUACAUCAUAGUUUAUGUUUUUGUGA